GUGAGACUUCUUCCAUUCUCUCAAGUCGCAACUUGAGCGAAACUUUAGCCGGCUGAAUCCAUGCUGAGAAAUAGAUACAGAAUGCGUGGAGGACGGGGCUGCGCGUUGAAGCUAUUGUAAUACACAGUAAUCUGUCGGUAAAGCAAAGUUGUUGUUUUUUGUUGUUCUCAGUUUUUUGUGAGCCGGGACCCCCGACAAGGACUAUGAGCAAUAACGACAUCUACGAGAUGGACUCCGUGUCUGAGACAGAUGAGAUGGAGUGUGAUGCUGUAUUGGGCAUGAUAGAAGAGCACGUUGUUUACCCCCAGGAGUUUUUACCGACGUAUCACAGUAUUAAAGAAGGCGCAGCAGUCACCAAAGCAGUACUGGUCGAGUUUAAUGACAAACCCGACUCCUUGUUCUUCAACGACGGCGUGAGGAAGAUCGACUUCAUCCUGGUCCACGGGGAUGAGGAUAAGGAGGAUUUUGACAAGAGGUACACGUUCCAGAGGCACAAGAAUCGGCGGGAGUACUUCGAGGCCUCCCUAAUGAAGAUGGGAAUGGAGCUGGAGGCGACAAAAUCUGUAAUAGAUGACAAACUGCUGUUUGUGAAAGUCCACAUGCCGUGGGACAUGCUGUGCACCUACGCCGAGGUCCUGCACAUCAAGCUUCCCAUCCAGCCCAACGAGCUGUCCUCGCACCCCUCCCCGUGGCGCUUUUUCUCCUGCAUCACCAAGCACUUCUACCCCAACGAAGACCUGAUCACCGAGGACGCGGAGUUCUUCACCGCCCCCUUUGACAAGGACCGCCUGGAGUACUUCCACGUGACGGACAAAGACGUCUUCUUCACCGCGUCCAUGAGGAGCAGGAUGGCAUAUUACAUCCUGAGUCGUGCCCCCUUUGAAGUACAAGGGAACAUUAAGAAGUUUGGCAUCACCAAACUGCUGGAUGGAGGAGUGUACAAAGCUGCCUAUCCCCUCCAUGACUGCAAGUUCAAUACCAAGUCCGAAGAGGAGAGCUGCCCCAACGAGAGAUUUCUGCUCUACAAAGAAUGGGCUCAUCCCAAAAGCUUCUACAAGAUGCAACCACUGAACCACAUUAGGAAGUAUUAUGGGGAGAAGAUCGGCAUUUACUUUGCCUGGUUGGGUUUCUACACAAUGAUGCUGGCUGUGGCUGCUGUUGUGGGACUGGGUUGUUUCAUUUAUGGAUACAGGACCCAAGAAACCAGCACCUGGAGCAUGGAGGUGUGCAACCCUGACAUUGGAGGGAAUAUUGUGAUGUGUCCGCAGUGUGACAGAGAAUGCAAAUACUGGAGGUUGAACAGCACCUGUGAAGCUUCCAAAAAACUUUGCAUAUUUGAUAACUUUGGAACCUUGGUGUUUGCAGUUUUCAUGUCCAUCUGGGUCACUUUGUUCCUGGAGUUUUGGAAGCGUUACCAGGCGGAGCUGGAGUACACGUGGGACACUGUGGAGUUUCUGGAGCAGGAAGAGCAACCUCGCCCAGAAUAUGAAGCAAAGUGCACCUAUGAGAGGAAGAACCCUAUCACAGGGGUAAAAGAAAAGGUGCCCUAUACAGCCUUUGGACGAUGUGUUCGGGUGUCGAUAGGAAUUUGGACAGUCUUAUUUUGGAUUCUGUUGAUCCUGGCGUCCAUUGUGGCCAUCAUUGUUUACCGACUGGCUGCCUUUUUUGCCUUCUCGGCUGAACUCAGAUCUCAGGACCUGAAGGAGCUGGAGCCCUUAAAGGAGUAUGUGACGCCUCAGAUGGCCACUUCUGUCACAGCCUCCCUCAUCAGCUUUGUUGUCAUUAUGAUCCUCAACAUUCUCUAUGAGCGGGUCGCCAUCUGGAUCACAGACUUUGAGCUGCCACGGACCAAGACGGACUACGAGAACAGCUUGACCCUGAAGAUGUUUCUCUUCCAGUUCAUCAACUAUUACUCCUCCUGUUUCUAUAUCGCCUUCGCCAAAGGGAAAGUGGUUGGCUAUCCUGGAAAUCCUGUUUACCUCUUGGGAAAAUACCGGAACGAGGAGUGUGAUCCAGGUGGUUGUCUGAUUGAGUUGACGACUCAGCUUUCCAUCAUCAUGGGCGGGAAAGCCAUCUGGAACAACAUCCAAGAGGUCUUGCUACCGUGGGUGAAAAAUAUGAUCUUCCGCUACCGCACUCGUGGGCCUUCAGAGAAGGUGAUUCCUCGCUGGGAGCAGGACUACCAGCUGCAGCCCUUCGCAAAACUAGGACUGUUCCAUGAAUAUUUGGAGAUGGUCAUCCAGUUUGGCUUUGUGACCCUGUUCGUUGUCUCCUUCCCUCUGGCGCCGCUCCUGGCUCUGGUCAACAACCUGUUUGAGAUUCGGGUUGACGCUUGGAAAAUCACCACUCAGUUUCGCCGCAUCGUGCCAGAGAAGGCGCAGGAUAUAGGGGCCUGGCAGCCCAUUCUUUAUAGCGUCGCUAUAUUGGCUGUCGCAACAAAUGCCAUGAUCAUCGCUUUUACAUCCGACAUGAUUCCACGGUUGGUCUACUACUGGUCGUUCUCUGUGUACCCAUAUGGAGAUCACUAUAACAACACCAUGCAGGGCUACAUCAACAGCUCGCUGUCUAUAUUCAACAUCAGCGACUUCUCCAACGUCAGCAAGCCCCUGAACACACCUGACAACAUCACCACCUGCAGGUAUCGAGAUUUUCGGUAUUCUCCUGGGCACCCGAGGCAGUAUGAGUACACUAUCUACUACUGGCAUGUGAUCGCUGCCAAAAUGGCUUUUAUAAUCGUUGUAGAGCACAUCGUUUACUUCACGAAGUUCAUCCUGUCCUACGUGAUCCCAGAUGUCUCAUACGCUGUCAGAGAACAGAUCAAACGAGAGAAGUACUUGACCCAGGUUGUCCUCCAUGAGACCAACCUCAAGCUGGUGACCAAACGUCUGAAACCAGUCGACGACCGGACUGCCAAGUACUCGAAGGAGAUGUAACUUGGUUUCUCAGAGUAAACUGUAUGGAAGAAGACACCAGACCAUACUGUAUAUACAUGACUACCCAGUUUUUUGUAGCACUCACCCAUAUCUCUUCAAAUACUGACCAACAUCUCGUGGUCCAGGAACAAAAUUAAGACCUGGAACAAGGUAUGGACUUUGAGGGACUGUUGGACAGAGAAAGGAGAAACCACUUGUAUAGUCUUCACCCUUGUCUACUGUCCUCACACUCUGGACUCCCGUCAGGUGAAAGCGUGCAAAGGGAGAAAGAACAGUGCAUCUAGCCUCAUUCACCUCUCAGAGUGUCUUUUUCUUUUUACUUUCCUCUCAUACUGACCAAUAUAACAGACAGGUUGACGUAUUGCAGCUGGCAGUGCCACUGCACAAACUAAGUGUAGGACAAUCAAGUAACAUGGCAGUGUUUUGCACUACCUUAUCAAUUAAGAAUGGAGUUCAAUUUGUUCAAAUCUGAAGCCAGUAUUGAAUUUUAAUCUUAUUAGAUUUAGCUUUUAACAAUUUAAAACAACAUAACGGAAUAUCCUAAACACAAAGAACUCAGAUAGGAUGACACACAUUAAGCUAAAUGACUUGCUGGAUGUUACAGCAAUGAGAAACCGAUGUCAAAUCAGUGCCUCACAUUUUGAAGCUUAAUAAUUAACACCAACUAUUUGGUGGACGAAGCAAAAAAUACAACCAAACAAAACAAUCGUAGCUUAGCUCUUCCAGGGCUUUCAGCAGUAUCACAUGGUCUUCAUUGGCAGCUGUAAAUUUGCCAAUGAAGAUGUUUCGUCCAUAGGACUUCUCAUCCAUGUUGGCCUAAAAUGAAAGAUUAUAUUAUGGUUGAAAGCUCUGGAAAAAAGCUAGUAAGAAGACCUUGAGUUUUUUUCUUCUAGUUUAAUGACUAUAUUGAAUUUUAACUCAGCACAGCAGCACGCCACUCCGUCACACCGUUUUUAGUUUAAUACUGUCAUGAAAUAUCAGUAUUAUUGUUUACAAAAAAUGCACCACUUUUGAAUGCAAUGUUGAGGAUUGAUGUAGAUUUUUUUUUUUUUAAUUUAUUUUUUUUUUACACUUCCAUUUCUGUUUCUCAAACUACAGAGCUGAGGUGAUCUGUCGAACAACUCGCAACGUUACACAGGUGUUGAGAUACCUCGAGUUAGAAUAAACAUGGACUAACUGACCUAAAGCCACAUAUACUGACUAAAUGCGCCUUGAAUACUUUUAUCUCUGUAAGCCUUUCAAAUGGUUUAAACGUUGUUAUGAUGUUUGGAGGGGAUUCAAUUACAGUUACAAUUCAGAAAGUCAAUUUAUUAGACAAUUCCAAAGUGAUGCCAUAUAAAGGUUUGAUGUAUUCAAGUUUACAAACCACAAGAAUAAUUUAAAACUAAACGCUGUUUCGGUAUUACACCAAAAUGCGAUUCAGUUUAACCAAUAUUUUAAAUUAAAUGAAUUAAUUGCAGCCCUGUGAAGUGGUUCAGUUGACUAUGGAAGUAUAGUCUGUCUCCUUCUCUAUUCAUGUACUCUCAUCUACUGUACUGUUUUGCACUUUUUACUUACAGAGUUCCACUCCUGUGCCAUGACCACUGCAAUGCACAACAUGUUGAGCUGCAAGUUAUAUCCUGUGAUAUAGGCAGUACAGUAAUUCAGUCUUCUCCUGUGUCAUUGCUGAAAUCUUAGAUCAACACCUCUGCUGCAUUAUUUCCUCGCCUUGUGAUUUAAACUAUGGUACUAUCUCCAACAUGUAUGCAAACUAUCAUAUACCAGCAAUAUCUGAUGAUGUGUAUCCGUCUUGUCUUUUUGUUUGAUCUUGUCAGUGCCAUGAAAUGUGUAUUAAUUCUUACUAUGAAGACUCCAAGGAUUAAAAAGACUUUCCACCA